GGCACCGGAGGCCUACUGCGCAUGCUCGCGGUGCUGCGGGGAGGGACGAGGGCCUCCGCGAGCUGCCCGUUUCUGCAGGGAGGCGGUGUCUCAGUUGAUUCCAGGUGGAUGAUGACUGAAUAGGUGGCACACAGUGUCUGGGAUAAUUGAAUGACUGCUCUGAUAAGGCAGACGAUUGCUGGGGGCUAUAAGAAUGGCAAGUGAAGUGACGCUCCAUUCCACUACAUGUACAUGUUCCAGGCACUGAUCCACGUGCUGGAAUCUGUGAGGAGACGUUACUGGAUGCAACAUUAAGGAGACAAAUCAGAAACAGCCAAAUGGAAGAGAUGCAUAGGGGAAGGUGUGGGCAAGGGCCUGGCAGCUCCACGCCCUCUCCAACGUGCCACCCUUCCAGCACCUCCCUGUGUUCACCAGGUGAUAUAUGGUGAAAGGGUUAGAGGCCUUAUAUUUGAGUAGAUAAGACUUGGACUGCCAAGAAAUGUUAAAAAAUGUUUCAUGAGCUAAAGACAAAAGAUACCAGAUGGAACCUUGGGUCUACAGAAAAGAAUGAAGAACACCAGAAAUGGAGAAGAAAUGGUUUCUAACUUCAAGGUAAACAGUGAAACCAUGAGUAGAGGAUCUGAAGUCCACAUUUUUUGGGGUGCUCCAAUUGGUCCGUUGAAAAUGACGGUAUCACGGGAAUCAACUUCUUUAAUGUCCACUGCUGAACCCUGGAAAAAAAUUCAGCUCUUAUGUAAUCCACAUUCUUUACAUCUGAAGAAUGAAAAAUGCAAGCACAAAAAUCUUGGAGAUUAUCAAGUCCUGGAAGCUCCUGGCCCUCCAGAUCCUCUUAAUGGUCAUUUUUUAGCAAACUCCAUGAAUAGAUCUGUUCAUGUGAAACAUGACUUUAUACAUUGCAUUUCUGAAACACAGACUAUAAAAUUCCAGAAGAGUCAUCCCAUAAGGAUGAGUGAUAUAACUAACUCUGAUGUGCAAAUAUGUGAACUUAAGGGCAGAGUUCAGUAUUUAACUGAAGAAGAAAAUUAUCAAAAGCUUUCCAGUGAAAAUAAGAAAACCACAGAUGAACAGCAUAAAGAUCAAUCAAAUAUAUGUGGUCAAAACGUCCAAAAAAAUUCCUUUCAGUUAGACCAUAAGUGUGCAGCUAUACUGGAUUUGGUCUGUAGUACUGAACAGAUUAAUAUCGGGCCAGGAGCUAUGGAAACAAAGUGUGUAACAACAGAACAUCAUGAAAUACAAAACCAGUGUCUGGAGGUCUUCUCCUCUAAUACAGCAGAUAAGCCAAGGUCUGAAGGAGCAGUUAGGAAGGUCUCAGACCUUAAGGUAUCUACUGAUACUGAGUUUCUCAGUAUAAUGACCUCCAGCCAGGUUGCUUUUUUCUCUCACAGGAAGCAUAAAGGGGAAAUUUCAAUGAAUAAAGGGACCAUAAACAUGGAGAUUGAACCAAAAGCAAGUCAUGGGGAAAUGAAAAUACCUGAAGAUAAUUUGAUUCAGCCGAAUGAUGAUCUUGCAGAAGGAUACGAAAGUGGACAAAACCAAGCACAUUCCCUUGAACUUUUUAGUCCUGUCUGUCCUGAAACAAAAAGUAGCCAUAGUCACAUAAACUCUGAUAAAGGUCUCAGAGAAAAUAUAGGAUCUCAAGAACUUUUCAGUUUGAAAGAUAAACUGCCACCAAAUGAGAUAUGUAUUGAAUCAUAUAGCUCAGGGAUACUGUGUUCCCAACUAAAUACCUUCCACAAACAUUCUAGCAAAAGAAAUGGGUCCCCUGAAGAUAAAUUGGGCCAUCCUAAAGCUCUCUCUAAAGUCCUCCAAGUAUCUAAGAAAAUUAAGUUGGUUUCUAAUGCAGCAGAUCCUGCUGUAGCAAGGAACCAGAGGAAUGUGUUUGGAUUUAAGGGUAUUAAAAAAACAUCAUUGAUAAAAAACUGUGAUUCUGAAAGUCAGAAGUAUAAUUGUUUAGUCAUGGUGUUAUCUCUAUGUCACAUGAAAGAAAUAACUAUAAAAUCUGGACCAAAUUCUGGCUCUCAAGUGCCUUUAGCAACGAUUGUGGUAAUUGACCAAUCAGAAAUUAAAAAGAAGGUUUUUCUGUGGAGGACUGCCGCAUUUUGGGCACUUACAGUGUUUCUUGGAGAUAUAAUUUUACUCACAGAUGUAACUAUUCACGAAGAUCAUUGGGUUGGUGAGACAAUACUGCAAUCAACAUUUACCAGUCAGUUAUUAAAUCUUGGGAGUUAUUCAUCUGUCCAGCCUGAAGAAUAUUCCAGUGUAGUUAGUGAUGUUGUACUUCAAGAUUUACUGGCUUAUGUGGCUUCAAAACACUCCUAUCUGAGAGAUCUUCCUCAGAGGCAGCCUCAGAAAAUGAACGGAAUAGAAUUUGUAAAAUUGGAGCAGCUUCAGCCUGACGUAUUAGUCCAUGCAGUACUAAAAGUUGUUGAUAUCACUAUACUGACAGAGGCAUUAUAUAGUUAUAGAGGACAGAAGCAAAGGAAAGUUAUAGUAACUGUGGAACAGGUCCAAGGUCAACAUUAUGUGCUUGUUUUAUGGGGUCGUGGAGCAGACUGGUACCCUCAACUUCAAAGGAAAAAAGAUUACAUUUGGGAAUUUAAGUAUCUUUUCGUUCAGCGAAAUUGCAUCCUAGAAAACCUAGAAUUGCAUACGACGCCGUGGUCAUCCUGUGAGUGCCUGUUUGAUGAUGAUGUAAGGGCAAUUACGUUUAAAGCAAAAUUUCAAAACAACAGGCCCUCUUUUGUGAAGAUGUCAGAUUUAGCAACACACCUAGAGAAUAAGUAUUCAGGAGUGAUUCUAAUCCAAGCCCGGAUUUCGCAGCUAGUGUUUCCUACUACAGCAGCUCAGAACAUAGUUCUAAAUGCUCGCAGUUCUCUGAAGAGCAUUUUCUCUUCUCUUCCCAACAUUAUAUAUAUUGGCUGUGCUAAAUGUGGAUUAGAACUAGACACAGAUGAGAACAAGAUCUACAAACAGUGUUUGAGCUGUUUGCCAUGUACUAGCAAGAAAACAUACUACAGGCCAGCUUUAAUGACCAUAGUUGAUGGAAUAUAUAAGGUUGGCAUCCAUGUAGGAUCAAAGGUCAUAGAGAAGAUUCUUCUCAACAUUUCUCCUGACUGGCUCAACAAAGUUAUAGUCCCUUCCUCAGAGAUCACCUAUGGCCUGGUCGCAGCAGACUUGUUCCACUCCCUUUUGGCAGGAGGCGGGGCGCCUUGUGUAAUGAAGAUUCAGAGCCUCUUUGUGUUAGAUGAAAACAGCUACCCACUGCAACAAGAUUUCUCUCUACUGGACUUUUAUCCCUACAAUGUAAAGCACGCAACAUGUGCCAUGCCCUGAGACUGGAUGGAGAAACUGCAGGCACUUCAGGAAGACUAUGGAAAUUAUUUGUCUUUCGAAACAAAUGAAUGACAGGACUGUUGCUUAGCAUUUUAAAAUAUAUUUUAUAAAGAGCUAAAUAAAUAUAUUUUA